CACCACCCACAAUUUUCCUGCUUUAGCACCGUCAUUCGUUCUUGGGUGUGCUUGAAGCAAACUUCCAACUUCACCUCGCGAUAGCAUCUAUCGCUUCUCAUAUCAAAAUAUUAGUAGCACCUGGACAUUGGCAUAGACCAAUAACUUCCAGACAUGGCUUCCUUCGGUAACGAGAAGUACUCCAGCGAGGUCGACGCCGACCGCAUUGAGCCUCAUAACCCUUUCGCUACACCAGGAGCGCAAACACCAAACACACUUACUCCCCGUGGAUCCCACCAGAACUCGAGGUCAGCUAGUAGGGAUGGCUCAAGCUCUGGCUACCGCGGCGGAAAUGACUAUAACUACUUCCGCUCUCGAAGAGUGAAGAAGGGCGAGGUUGAGAAGCCUUGGCUCGACAGGAAAGAUUCCAGGGAGAAGUGGGUCACUAUCAUUCCCAUCGCCGGUCUCGUCCUCGGUCUCAUUGUUACUGGCAUUUUGAUCUGGGACGGCAUCCGCAGCGUAGCAGUUCACAAGUACUGCGAGGUCUACACAGACGAUUUCUCUUCAUGGAACGACAAGGUCUGGACCAAGGAGGUCGAAGUCGGUGGUUACGGCAACGGUCAGUUCGAGCAGACCACCAACAGUAACGAGAACGUCUUCCUCAAGGAUGGCGUCCUUGUCAUCAAGCCCACCCUGCAGGAUGAAAACCUGAUCAACAACGACAACGUCCUCGACCUCCGCAGUGAAGGCUGCACUGGCCCUAAGUGGACGGACUGCGUUGCAUCCACCAACACCACCAACGGCACAAUCAUCAACCCUGUCAAGUCUGGUCGCAUCAACACCAAGCUUGGUGCUUCCAUCAAGUAUGGUCGCAUUGAGGUCGAGGCCAAGCUCCCUGAUGGUGACUGGCUGUGGCCCGCCAUCUGGAUGUUGCCCAAGGACAACGUCUAUGGCGACUGGCCCCGCUCUGGUGAGAUUGACAUCAUGGAGUCUCGCGGAAACAAUCACACCUACGCCCAGGGUGGAAACAACAUCGCCUCCAGCACCCUUCACUUCGGUCCCAACACUGCCAACGAUGGUUGGUGGCGCAACAACGUCAAGCGCAAGGCUCUCCACACCACCUACGCCGCUGGCUACAACAUCUUCGGCGUCGAGUGGUCCGAGAAGUACAUCUUCACCUACAUCAACACUCGCCUGCUCCAGGUCAUGUACACCCACUUCGACGAGCCCUUCUUCGAGUAUGGUCGCUUCCCCCUUGCGGACAGCAACGGUACUCGUCUGGACAACCCCUGGGCUGCCACUGGCAGCAACAUCUCGCCUUUCGACCAGGACUUCUACCUCAUCAUCAACGUGGCCGUCGGUGGAACCAAUGGCUGGUUUGAGGAUGGCAAGUCUGCGAAGCCAUGGCUCGAUGGCUCAAAGAGUGCCAAGAAGGACUUCUGGCAGGCAAAGGACCAGUGGUACCCUACUUGGGAGAAGAAUGGCCAGAUGGAGGUCAAGAGUGUGAAGAUGUGGCAGCAGUCUGGGUACAACGGUUGCCGUGCGUAACGACAGCUGCAGUGAGGUACAUGAGAUUUAAUAUUAGAGGCGUUUGGUGUACGGGUGGCUUAACGGCGAUCGGCAUUCGAGCCGCGCUGAGCUGAUACAACGGCUAUGAACAAACACUAUAGAC